AUGGGGGGCUCGGCCGGCCGUCUGGGAGGGGGCGCCGAAGGCGGGGGCGGUGAUGACGCGCGGCCACCGCGUGUAGCAGGGAUGACGCGCGCCGGGGACCGGCGGUGGGCCAUGCGGCAGGCGGUGGAGGAUGCGGCGGGCGCCGGCGGGGGGCGGGCGGCGAGGUCGCCCGCGGGAGCCCUUCGUCCGGACCCCGCGGCUGGGCGGCGGGGCGGGCGUGGGGCGGGUUCGGCGGGCCCGCGGCCGCUUGCCGCGCAGCCCUCGGCCCGCACCCACAGCCGGCCCCGCGUCGGGGACCCGCAGUCCGCGAGCUUAGCGCUCGACUUGGCCCCAGACGUCUUCGUCAUGCGGGUGUUGCUGGAGGAGACCAGUGAGGUGUUCCGAGUGACAAACUGCCGCGGCGACAUGACUGUGCUCGAGCUCAAAGAGGAGUUGGACCUGAUAGCCGGCAUCCCCUUGAACCUCCAGCGGCUCCAGUACCUGGACCAAGGCAUUUUGAUGGAUGACACCACACUGAAGUUCCAUGAUGUCGUUCCCGGUGGAAUUAUUUCAUUACAUGUCUGGCCUUAUGAUGGAUGGACGGAACUGGUUUUGGCAGCUGCAGAAGGGGAUCCCAGUAAGCUAUCUUGCCUUGGUGUCACUGAAGAUUCUUUCUACCAAACCGCAAAUUCACAACAUCUUAAAGAGAAGCAGUGGAAGAAAUGGAUAUCUCAGAGAGCGUUCGUGGCACUGUAUAUUGCUUCACACAGAGGUCACCUGGAGGCGAUGCACUACCUUCUAGAACACGGAGCCAACUGUCUCGGCAGAACCCCCGUGGGCAGGACACCCCUGCAUGUGGCUGCAGCCAUGGGCCGGUGGGACUGUAUAAAACUCCUGCUCAAGUACGGGGCCUCCAUCAACCACAAGGACGCCAAAGGGAUGACCCCCAUGGCCAUCUCCUUCCACCUGAACUCCAAGCAAAGUGCACAACAGUAUAAGAUGUACAAGAUGUUCCCCUUGCACUGGGGCAUUUGUGGCGUGCCUGGGCAGCUGUCCUCUGCUGAGACAUGUGGUCCUGUCUGA